AACUCUCGUAACUGAAACCAUCUUUAAAUAAAACCUCCCACCAUCGCGUUCAUGGCGGAAACGUGGUUUCCACCUCGCUAAAUAACCCAGAUUGAAGAAUUGUGUCAUGUUCGUUCUUCCCAUGAACAAUGAUCGGAAACUGAACUUCGGUGGCUUUUCCGAUUCUUCUUGAACCCCAGAUUCUGGUCGGUCUACAAAAUCUGGGAAUCAGCCGUCGCCAUCUCUCAUGACCGACGAAGCUCUGAAACACAUUUAGAAAACCCUCGUUCCGAUCUCUCUCUCUCGCAAAAUCUGAUCUUUAGCACAUAAUCGUUUUCUCUGUCCGCUGCAAUGAGCUCGCAAGUCGCUGUGAAGCCCUCGAAAUCCACAAAACCUUCAUCCAGAUCCUCCAAUGGCGCCGUGUCGUCGCACUUGGCGAUGGUAGAGCUGAAGCAGAGGAUUCUUACAUCUCUGUCAAGGCUCGGAGAUCGCGACACUUACCAGAUCGCUGUCGACGAUCUCGAGAAGGUCAUCGUCUCCGUCACUCCCGAAACCCUACAGGUUUUCCUCAAUUGCCUCUUCGACUUCUCUUCCGAUUCCAAACCCGCCGUGAAGAAGGAAUCUCUCCGCCUCCUCUCCUUCCUAUGCCUCUCCCACCGCGAUCUCACCUCCGCCCAACUCGCCAAAAUCAUUGCUCACAUCGUCAAGCGUCUCAAAGAUGCCGACCCCGUCGUCCGAGACGCCUGUCGGGACGCGAUCGGGUCGCUCUCGGCUCAGUUCCUGAGGGAGGAGGAGGACGGAAAUGGCGGCGGGGCUGGAGCGUUGGUGGGUUUGUUUGCUAAGCCCCUGUUCGAGGCCAUGGCCGAGCAGAACAAGAGCUUGCAAGCUGGUGCUGCGAUUUGCAUGGCGAAGAUGGUGGAAUCAGCUGCCGAACCUCCUGUUCCGGCAUUUCAAAAGCUGUGUCCUAGGAUUUGCAAGCUCUUGAACAGCCCUAAUUACUUGACCAAGUCUUCCCUCUUGCCGGUGGUCGGAAAUUUGUCUCAGGUGGGAGCUAUUGCACCACAGAGCUUGGAGUCAUUGUUACAGAGCAUCCAUGAAUGCCUUGGAAGUACAGAUUGGGUUACUCGUAAGGCAGCUGCCGAUGCCUUGAUCGCCUUGGCUAUGCACUGUAGCACUUUGAUCGCUGAUAAAACCGAUUCCACUAUCACCGUUCUUGAGGCAUGCCGUUUUGAUAAGAUAAAACCUGUCAGAGACAGCUUGACCGAGGCACUGAAUGCCUGGAAAAACAUUGCUGGGACAAGCGAAAAUGGUACGUUUGUUAUCCAAAAAGAUGUGUUAUCUGAGCAAUCUAAGUUGGAAACGAAUGGAGAAUCUGCAUCAAGCACGAUAAAAGGCUCUUCUGAUCAGCCGGGCUAUCAUUCGGAUUAUAUGUCAAAAGUUAAAACAGGGGCCAUUCCAGAAAAAGUUGUUCUCAUCCUAAGGAAGAAAGCACCUCGAUUGAAUGACAAAGAUCUUAACCCAGACUUUUUCAAGAAGCUGGAAAAAAACGGUUCUGGAGAUUUGCCAGUUGAAGUCGUUCUUCCUCGUGCGCAUAAGAAGUCGCCAAACUCAAAAGAGGAUGAAUCCGAAGCCAGUAACUCGGGCUUGAGAGGAAGGCCAAUAAUAUUAGGUGAAACAGGAACAGACGGUGUGGGUCCCAAACAACGAUAUUUUGGAGAUUUUGCAAGAGAGAAAUGGGUAGAUGAAAGGAUGAAUGGAGGGGAGUCCCGGAUUAGGGCGUUUGAUGGCGAUCAGAAUGAUGGAAGCCGACUAGAGGUAUCUGGAAAUCAUGCUGGAGUUUCCUUGAAAGAUAACCAAUAUGAAGGAUCCUUGAUUAAUAAUGGAGGGAGCUGGUUUUCUCUACAAAGGCAAUUACUGAACUUAGAGAGACAACAGACGCAUAUAAUGAACAUGUUGCAGGAUUUCAUGGGUGGUUCACACGAUGGCAUGAUAAAUUUGGAGAACCGUGUUAGGGAUCUUGAGAGAAUCAUCGAAGAGAUGGCAAGAGAUUUCUCCAUAUCAUCAGGUGUGAGUGGAAGAAGGGCUGCAUCCUGGAGAUCCGACUUAGAUGGAUUGGAUUAUCCUCAAUAUGGAGCUUCAAGAAACGGUCAGACGGGCACAAGAAGAUCUCGAGGCAGUGGUUCUACAGAUACCAGGUUGUCCAAAUCUGAAACUAGCGGUGACCAUACAGGUAGCAGGAGGAGAGCAUGGGACAAAGGCCCUGGAUUUGUCAGGCUCGGUGAGGGACCGUCUGCUAGGAGUAUCUGGAAAGCGUCAAAAGAUGAAGCUACUCUUGAAGCUAUACGGGUUGCUGGGGAAGACAGUCAGACAUCAAUCACGAGACAAGACCCUAUUCCCGAAGCAGAUGGGACUGAAGAAGAUAAAGAGGAAGACCCUGUCUGGACAUCUUGGAACAACGCAAUGCAUUCACUCCAAGUGGGUGAUACAGAUUCUGCAUUUGCCGAAGUUUUCUCAACUGGAGAUGAUCAUUUGCUCGUCAAACUAAUGGAAAGAAGUGGUCCUGCUCUUGAUCAGCUGUCCAAUGACGUAGGAAACGAAGCUCUCCAUGCAAUUGGGCAGCUUCUGCUGGAUGAUCUGAAUCUCUUUGAAAUCUGCCUGUCUUGGAUUCAACAGCUGCUGGAAUUGGUAGCAGAAAACGGACCGGACUUCUUGGACAUUCCCAUGGAGCUGAAGAAGGAUCUUCUGUUGAAUUUAUACGAAGCCUCCUCAACGAUAGAUCCUUCCGACGACUGGGAAGGUCUACCACCCGACGAUCUUCUCGUGCAGUUAGCAUCAAACUGGAGAAUCGAGCUUCAACAUUUCGACUAAGGCAGCUUGGCUCAACCUCUGAAACACUUUCUACUGCUUCCAUUGCUCUGUACCUCUCUUGGUAUUGAAGGUAAACCAAACCAAUACCAGUAUUCUUGGGGAGAAUCUCUCCAAGAAGAGAAAGGGGGCUUGGUUAUUACAUUUGUAUAUGAACUAACUCAAUGAUCAAUGAUUUGAAAGUAAAGAAAACCAGUUUCUUUCACA